UCUGCCUGGCCACAGACAAUUGCUUUUUGUAUGGAGGGAAGCAGAGGAACUAUCAUCUCUCUCUGCUUGGAAAAAAAGACUCAAGAAUCAAGGGAUCAAGAAAAGAGCCAGGGAGACUGGAGCUUCCAGGUGCUUUGCCCCAUGUUAAAAGCCCAAGAAGGACCUCUCCCUGCCUGAAGUCAGAAGAGCCGCUGCUUAGUGAGGUCGAGUACCCUGCCUCUCUCUCCCUCCUUCUCUCUCCCUCCUCUCUCUCUCCCUCCUACUUUCCACCCCGUGAGCGUGUACAGAGAUUCAGAAGGUGCGUCUGAAAUCUGCUUGUAUCCAGCCUGGAGACCAACACCAGAGGACUUUUUCACUUCAAUGCAACAGCACAUGGACUUUUCAAUGGACAAUUUUCAGCAAUAACAGAAAAUAGCACACUGGCACCUGCCAAUGAGAACUACAGCUUUCUCUUUCAUCUGACUUUUUAUUUUGGGUGUAAACAAUAUAUGACUGUGACCAAGUCCCAAGACAUACCCAAGACUUUCCUCUCGGUUUGGCUUCCAUGACAUCUUUGUUGUGAAGGAUGGUUGUCUGAAGAAGAGAUCCACCUGCAGAAAUACCUGCCCGAGAAAGUUUAAGCUGAGAUUCUUCCUCAAGCACAAGGGUGAGUUUGAACCUUGUGACCCCAGAGGCCAAUGACAAUGUUGGCACUGCUCUGUGUCCUGCUAACUCUGGGAAAACAUGCCCUGGGUGGAGGCUACGCCCCCAUGCCACAGAUGAAAUACGUGCAGCCCAUGAUGAAAGGGCCUGUCGGACCACCGUUCAGAGAAGGAAAAGGCCAGUAUCUUGAUUUUCCACCGAUGAUGGAGAUAAAGGGGGAGCCAGGUCUUCAAGGGAAACCAGGACCAAGGGGACCUUCUGGGCCUCCCGGAUUACCAGGGAAACCAGGGCUAGGAAAACCUGGUCUCAACGGUCAGCCAGGUCCUCAGGGGCCAUCAGGAUUCCCUGGAAUUGGAAAGCCUGGCCUACCAGGACUACCAGGAAAAAUAGGGCCUAAGGGACCUUCAGGACUCAAUGGUGAGGUUGGUCCUCGUGGAGAGCCAGGUCCACGGGGAAUACCAGGUCAGCCAGGCCAACCUGGGCCUGCAGGUCUGUCAUUGAAUGGCAAACCGGGGUUACCUGGGACAAAAGGCACACCUGGCCCAAGAGGUGAACCAGGGUCAAAAGGAUUACGCGGUAUUCCUGGAGAACAAGGACCAAGGGGGGAAAAUGGCAAUGGCAAGCCAGGUCUAACAGGUUCUAGGGGGCCCAAUGGCCUUCAGGGACCUCCAGGAGCUCCAGGUGUCCCUGGGUUGGGUAAACCAGGAUUGGAUGGGCUACCUGGAACAUCUGGGCCGAAAGGAGAUAAAGGAGCUCCAGGGGAGCAAGGUGUUCCUGGAGGAGUUGGUCCUCUUGGGCUGCAGGGGCAGCCGGGGCCACCUGGCUUGGGGAAGCCUGGGCUUGAUGGUGUACCAGGUAAUCCAGGCCCAAUAGGGCCAAAGGGUGAACCUGGUAUCAGAGGAACACCUGGGUUUCCUGGACCUCCUGGCUAUGGUAAACCAGGGCUUGCAGGACAAAAAGGUGACAGAGGUCCUGCUGGAUUACAAGGUGCACCUGGUGGCAAAGGUGAACCUGGAUUAGGAGGCCUAACGGGCGAUCUGGGGCCACCUGGACCGCAAGGGCUUCCAGGUCCACAAGGCCAAAUGGGUCUUCCUGGAAAACAUGGUUUACCUGGUCUGAAGGGAGAGCUUGGCCCACAAGGGCCCCCAGGCUUACCAGGACUUAGAGGAGAUCAGGGUCCCAGUGGGCUAGCAGGAAAACCCGGUGUUCCAGGAGAGAGGGGCCUUCCUGGUCUCACUGGACCCACAGGUAAGACUGGGCCUAAAGGUGACUCAGGAGGCACUGGUUUACCAGGUAAUCCUGGUCUGAUUGGAGGACCAGGGCCAAAAGGUGAGAAUGGGUUUCCAGGACCCCCUGGGCCACGGGGGACAUCAGGAAUUCCUGGACUUCCAGGCCCCACUGGUCACAUGGGACCACAAGGUGUUCCAGGGUUAAAAGGUGAACCAGGUCUACCGGGGCCCCAAGGAAUUGGAAAGCCAGGAGAUAUGGGGAUGUCUGGACCACAAGGACCUCCAGGAAAACCUGGCGUACCUGGACUAAGUGGUAUGCAGGGCCCUCCAGGUCCACCUGGACCUCCCGGACCCCCUGGCUCCUCAAAUGGUCCGGAGACAGCAGUUCAAGGGCCAAGCAUUGGAGGUGAAACGAUUUCAAAACCAAUUGGUGAGAAACCACAGUUUGGUCAGGCCGAGCUCUCCGCCAGUGUGGCUCCUGCGUUUACAGCUAUUUUGACUACACCAUUCCCACCUUCUGGAAUGCCAAUCAAAUUCGACAGGACUCUCUACAACGGGCAAAAUGCUUACAACCCUGCCACUGGCAUCUUCACAAGCCCUCUUCCUGGAGUCUACUAUUUUGCUUAUCAUGUACAUGUAAAGGGAACCAGCCUGUGGGUGGCACUCUAUAAAAACAAUGUGCCAGCCACAUACACAUAUGACGAAUACAAGAAGGGCUAUAUGGACCAGGCAUCAGGUAGUGCAGUACUGGAGCUGAAAGAAAAUGACCAGGUUUGGGUACAGAUGCCCUCUGACCAAGCAAAUGGCCUCUACUCCACUGAGUACAUCCAUUCAUCCUUCUCAGGAUUCCUUCUGUGCCCCACAUAACGGUCCAUCUUACCUGAAAAAUCCCCAAUUAAGUGCCGUGCAGUAACAUCUGCAAUAAAAGCAGUCAGAUAACAGGAAAGACUUACUGAACGACACAGAGGACAGAGAAAGUUUACAACAGAGGAUAUAGAAUUCAUGCAACGCCUCUGUUAUAACUCUCUCUCUCUCUCUCUUUAGACUAUCUGAUUUGAUACAUUGUUUUACUUUUAAAUGUUGUUAUUUUUUGCCUAUAUUAUAAUUUUAUUAUAACUGUUAUAUUAUUUUUGUUGAUGUUGUUAUGUAAUGGUGUUAUUUUAUUGAAGUUGUUGUUGUUGUAGUUGUUGUUGUUUAUUGGAAUCAGACUAUUAAGUACUUUGCAACGUGUAGGUAACCGUUUUAAGACUUACCCAUGUGACUGCACACUUUGACAAAUGUUAGGACUCCCAUUGAGGUCCAUCACAUUGACUCUGGGGUUAUGUGUUCCCCUGGUUGCAGUCAUAUUCAUAUACAUCCCCUAAAUAUUUUCUUCAUGUAACACAAACUACUUGAUCAGUGCAACAUUUCAUUUCUUAAUAGUGCAGACAUUUCAAAUGUUGUUUGUACUUAGUAAAUUUACCAAUAAUUUACAGUAAAGAGUAAUCCUCAGUUCUGUGUUGUGUUUCUUAUUAAUGCCAUACAGCUACAUAUUUUGUUUGAUUUAAUGUGUUAAGCAACAGCUGUAUCGUAAUUUGUCUGUAUCCUUGAAAACUACAUUGAGAACAUUGUGUUUGAACAUUGAGUUUAAAAAAAAUUACUUGAGUUAAUGAGUUCAUUGCUGAAUACAUGACAGGUUUCUGUAAAGGUUUAAAGAGGACAGCUAUACAACAUAACACCUAAUAACAAAACAAAUAUGCAAUUUCUCUGUUAAAAUCAUAUAAAAAUAAAUGCAAACUUCAUAGCUUCUCUUUAAAAUCUUACAGUAGGGUAACCUACAGUACGUAGGGGGAUAGUAAGGGACUACUAUAGAUUGAGAGCAUCAUUCUGAUUUCUUGUAACUAAUCAGUUCUCCACCAUGAAAAAACAUUGCGUACCUAAAAUAUUUUACACCCUCUAAUCAUAUUUUUCUCAUUGCAGCAUUUGCUAUGACACACGACCCAUAAUGACAUAUUGACUUCCUAUUCGCAUAUAACUUAAUUUUUUACAUGAUUCUAGAGUUACUCUGUCAUUGGGGUGAUUGAUAAUGUCUAACAUUUUGAUACGUUGUGGUGUGAAAGGACUCCUCUAAAACGCUGAAAUUACAAACAGUAUUCCUUAAAUUUAUGAAAAUUAGAAAAAAUAGAUAGAAUUAAAAUGUUUGAUAAGUGGUUUACAGUGGUUCUGAGCAUCAUUGUAAUAUGGUAGUUUUCAGAGGAAGCAAUAUGAUAAAAGUUUGUUACUAGUAUUACAUCAACAUGAUUGUCUAGUUGUCAAAUUAUUAGACUACAUGCCCUUUAAAAUCUAUCUAAAAGACACAAGGAAACGAACAAACAUUUCCUGGCACACGUACAGUUUUCAUUAUGUUUAGGCAACAGUUCCUUCUUAUUUCAGUUUUUACUUAGCAGUGGGGGUGUAUUUAAUGACGUCCUUAUUGUAUAUUAAUACUGUGAUGGAUAUUUUCUACAAUAUAUGGACAUUUUGUUUUUGUGCAAUAGUUGAAGGUUUUUUUUUAUUCAUUGUGCUACUAUCUCAAACCAUAUCUGACUAUGGUGCUUCUUCUUGAUUUUCAAAACAAACCGGGAUAAAAGCCUUGAUUCUGUUCCUAGGGAUAUUUGUUCAUUAUCAAUCAAAUUUAAAGAAACAACCGAUCCCAUUUGCACAUGAACUUAAUGAAGGCAUAUUUAUACAUUUGUAAUAGUCCAAUGAGAAUGUCCAGCCACCAUACGACUAACUUUUUAUUUAACAGCAUCGAGGAGUGAAGAGCAUUUUAGUAACUCACUACCAUUGUUUCUCUUUUUGUCUAUGUAUCACUCUAUAGGACAUUAUGUCUUGUACAUGGCUAUUGCGUUUACUUUGUGCAGUCCAUUUUAGGUAUUAAAUGCACUCUUUUGAUUGAACAUAUUUUGUCAGUCUGUACAAAAUCUGCAAGUACCUGACAGUACUGAUGCGACAUCAAUAAAGACUUUCUUG